AUGUGUCCAUUUCGAGACUAUAACAAAGCAGUCGAGAAUUUGAAACGUUUAGUCAUUUAUGUUGACUCUGCCCCAGAAUGUUAUGUCAUGAAAGAAUGGGAUGUUGUCUUUAACAAACCUAAAGCGACAAUAGUUUCAGAACAAGAAUGUAGACAGAAACUUAAGAAAAUAAAAGUCGUACAAGUUGGCAUGAAGAUGUUAGAUGCUUGGGAUAUCUUAUUGUCAAAGUUAGAAGAUUUUUCAGUUCGAGGUAUAAAGUUCUAUACACCUUCUCCAAACUUCUAUUCUAUCUUCACUGGAUAUAAAUACGAACAAGUAGAAUGGAAAGAAAAUAUUAUAGAAGCUUGGUUAGACCAUGUCAAAGAAAUUAUAUGCAAUGGAAACGAAAGAGUCUAUGAGUAUAUCUUAUGUUGGUUUGCAAACAUCUUACAACAUCCAAGUGCUAAAAAUGAAACUGCUCUCAUUAUAAUUGGAAAACAAGGAACUGGUAAGAAUACUUUCUUUACAGAUAUUUUGUGCAAACUGUUAGAGGGCUAUUCGAAUCCGAAUAUGACAAACUUAGAAAACAUCUGUGGCAAGUUUAACUCCUCAAUAGAGAAUAUGAAACUUAUAGUUUGCAAUGAACUUCAAA